UAAAGAAAAGUACGAAAUAAUUAGAAAAACGAAUAUGUAGUAAAAAAGAAGUGAAAGAGAAAAGAUCAUCAGUUUAGUACAACUUAAAAAUGUAGCAAAAGGAAAAGAAUUAAAAAUAGUAAAGAUAUCAGAAGAAAUAGAAAAGUGAGGUUAAAAGACAGCGUGGGAAGCGGAGAUGACAGGAAGACCGGUUGUUAGUAAAAAUAAGGCAAAGGAUAAGAAGGAAGGAAAGAUAUUAGAAAAAUACGAGGUAGGAGCAAAUGGUAGUACAACCAAUGCAAGAACAACGAAGGAAAUGGCGGUAAAAUGCAUGAACGAAAAGUUAGCGGAAAAGUUGUUAAACGAAUUUGAGGCGCUAAGAAAGGCAAUUGUAGAAGGAAGAAAGAUUAUGUGGAAUUCAAUGAUAAAUGAACUCGAUGAACCAUACGUUCGAACUUAUGCUGAAAUAUUAAAACAAAAACAAGAUGAUGAAGGAUGUAAAACUACAAAUUCAGUGCGUCAGGAUCGCGUUGAAAAUGACAUACUGAAAUUAUACAAAUUGAAUAAUGAGCCACUUUUAGCAAGACAAAAACAUAUUCUAUUCUUAAAAAAAUCUUUGUUUCGUCUUAGCGAAGAUUAUCAAUGUUUAGAUUCGAGCAGACCAUGGUUAUGUUAUUGGAGUCUACAUUCUCUUCAAAUCCUAGGAGAACGUUUAGAAUAUGAAGAAUAUUCUAAAAUUAUUAAUUUUUUAUCCAAAUGUCAGUCACCAGAAGGAGGUUUUGGAGGAGGCCCGGGGCAACAUCCCCAUUUAGCCACUACAUAUGCCGCAAUAAAUGCAUUAUGUACCAUUGGCACUCCUCAAGCUUAUCAAGUAAUUGAUAGAAAAGGACUUAAACAAUUUUUAUCAUCUUUACAUGGAGAGGAUGGUUCUUUUAGCCUACAUAAAGAUGGAGAAACAGAUAUAAGGGGGAUAUAUUGUGCUCUUUCUGUAGCAAAAUUAACAAAUGUAUAUACUCCUGAAAUAUUUAAAGGAUGUGAAAGUUGGAUAGCUAAAUGUCAAACAUGGGAAGGUGGUUUUGGUAGUUUUCCUGGGAUGGAAGCUCAUGGUGGAUAUGCAUUUUGUGGAUUAGCAGCACUUAUGCUUCUUGGAAAACCUCAUUAUUGUUGUUUAAAAUCAUUUCUAAGAUGGAUAGUAAAUAGACAAAUGCGCUUAGAAGGUGGUUUUCAGGGACGCACAGAUAAACUUGUAGAUGGUUGUUACUCAUUUUGGCAAAGUGGAGUUUUUCCAUUGAUUCAUACAAUUUUAACUGUGGAAAACAAAUUAUUUAAUCCUGUAUAUUGGAUGUUUAAUCAAGAGGCUUUACAAGAAUAUUUAUUAAUCUGUUGCCAACAUCCUUAUGGUAGUCUUGUAGAUAAGCCUGGGAAAAGUCAAGAUGUUUAUCACACAUGUUAUGCACUUAGUGGAUUAUCAAUUGCACAAAACUCUCCAUGGCCACUAAUCAUAGGGUUACCCUACAUAAAUUUAGUAAAAAUAAUUCAUCCUUUGUUUAACUUAGAAGAUUCAUGUGCAGAUAAUGCAUUAAAAUAUUUUAAUACACUACCGAUACCUGAUUGAGCAUAUAUUUAAUGUUCAAAAUUCAUAGAUAAAAUAAAAAUGCUUUUAUUUUACU